GUAUAACAGAUGUACAACAUAAAAAUUAUUGCCAAGCUAUUAUAGUGUUCUAAAAAAUGUCUAUUUAGCUGGACAAAUUCAAUUUUAGCUUGAAACUGGACAAGCAUAAAAAUCUGGACAAUCCAGCCAGGCUAGCAAACCUACUCUCAACAGAAGCCUUUCUUGCAUGUUUCUCUAGAUUCGUGGAACGACGUGGACCACCAAAUACGUUAUUUGCAGAUAAUGGUCGCACUUUUUGGAGCUAGUUCUACACUUCUCAAAACGCAUAAUUAGUUACGAAAAUCAGGUGAAAAGUCAUUGGUUGAAAGAUAUAACUUACUUGGAUUUACCUAGACGUUUACUCCGCCAUAUACACCCCACAUUGGUGGCUUCUGGGAGGCCGCAGUCAUGAGCAUGAAAGUUCAUUUAAAAAAGAUGAAAAAAGAAUUUAUCAAUGAAUUGCAGCGUAGAUCUAAAUGGAAAACCGAACAACAGAAUAAUUUAUUACUACCCACCGAAUGGCACCUUGGUCGCAUUAUCAAUAUUGUUUAUGGAAACGAUAAAAUCUUCACCACCAUCAGAAUGCCACGUUGUCAACUGUGUUUUGUAAAUCAUCCAGUAAAAUACUUUCGUGUGUUCAUGAAUGGAACACCAGUAAAACGAAAAUGUUCAUGUCUACAUUUCUCGAUUUAUUUUUGUGCGAAUCUGAAAAUCGCUGUGGAAAAUGAAACGAAAAGCACCAUACACUUUUUAUUAAGCAUAUUAUGAAAAUGAAGACCAGCUCCUAGUUGAUUCCCGUACCCAAAUCAAAACGAACACAAAACAAGCCAUUAGUUCAUUCUCACACCCCCUGCACAAUCCAAAAUCAUGUUCAAGAAGAACCACUAGUUCAGAGAGGAAACAUGUAACUAAACAAAAAACUAAACUUAACGAGAGAAGUAAAAUGAUAAAUUUUACA